AUGGAGUCAUCCUUUCGAGAACCAACAUUAGAAAUAGUCCAUCUUGUAGACUCUGGCAGAUCAUCGGAAACAAUCCGGCAGUUUCUUGUACAGAGGCUUAACAUCAAUCUCUAUAAAAGAUACAUGGAGAAAGGCAUUCUGGAAUACAGCAAACAAGACUUGGACUAUAUGAAUUCGGAAAUUUCAAAGAAAAUUAAAGAGUUUGAGCAGGAAAAAAGUGAAAAUGCAGAGAACGAGCCGUACAUUAUUGAAAUGGAUAAGAAAGUAUGCGAAUUUUAUGCGCAAAUUUUUGAUGUUAAAAGCUUCGAGGUGCUUGCAAAGGAAUUGCUUGAGCAGGACAAUUCAGCAUCACUUAAAAUGAACAUCUUGAUGUGUAAAAUAAGAAUGGCCAUUAUUUUGGAGGACACUCGUUCUCUCGAAAGAUAUAUUGAGGAUGCAAACUAUGCUUUUGAAAGCUCCAGUGACUGGGAAUGCAAAAAUAGAUUCAAAGUGUACUUCGGGCUAUUCCAUCUUUUAAGAGCCGAGUUUGACAGGGCUGCUGAAUGCUUCUGUAGCUCUCUGGCCUCCUUUGGUGCAUACGAGCUUCUUUCGUUUGAAAAAUUAAUCCUUUAUCUUGCUUUCUCUUCUUUGAUUUCAUUUGAGAGAAAUAAGUUGAAAAGGGACGUGAUAGACAACCCAGAGGUGAGAAAAUGCAAGGAGUUUCUAGAAUUGCCUGAGUGCUUAUUCAACUGUGAGUACUCGCUGCUAUUCAGAAAACUUCUUAAAUUUAUUGAAUACUGCGAAAAUGACUGUUUUUUAAGACCAUUCAAAGAAUAUUUCUGCAAAGAGAUGAAGGUAAAGGGAUAUUGCCAGCUUCUGCUGUGCUAUCAGUCUCUGCAUCUUGACAAAAUGGCACAGUACUUCGAUGUUGAGAGUGAGCAUGUCGAAGAGGACUUGAGAAACUUUAUAGUGGAGGGAAAGUUAAAGUGUAUUAUUGAUAGGAUUGACGGCGUUGUGAGAAUGAGAAUGGGCGGAAAGGGAGAAGACCUGCGACACCUGAUAAAAACUGGUGAGAAGGUUUUAAGGGAUAUUAAAAAAUCAAUAAAUUGA